CCUCGGGAGGGGGUGGUCCGAUGUUGGUCCCCCCCGUAGCCCAGGGAGGAACCGGGGGGCGCCCCGUGGGGGACUCGGGGGCCCGGGCCCAGGCGUCGACGGGCCCCGCGACUGCCCUGUGGCCGUUGGCCCCCGCGCAGCCCAAUCAGCCCAUCAGCGCGGCCCAGUCGUCCCAAGGCACGCCACCCCUGGCGGCCACCCCUGCUCACGGCCACAACCAAGGUGUUAGCCGGUACGGGCUGUACUCGUUAUUUCCAGGGGGUGGCGGGGGCGGUUACGUUGCGGCGACCCCGGCCACCCCCGCAGCGAGCCCGGCACGAGCGUACCACGCGACCACUCACAAGGUUUCAGAGAGCGUAUUCUCGGCAGCGGUCGGGGUUGGCGUGGGUGGCUACACCUGGGGAGCUCCCACGCCACCUCCAGGAUCACCCUACAGUCCCGUCCCCGUGACUCAGCUGGAGUUGCUUGCCAAAAAUUUGGCCAGCCUCGCCCCACCGGCUCAGCAGGCCCUGAGUCUGCAGGGGGUUGGGGUAAACAUGGGCAGCCUCCACCACGCCCAGCACACGCAGCACACGCAGCACACGCAGCAGACCUUGAAUCUCGCCGGGGUCCAUCACGUCCAUCACGGUGGUCUCCAUCAGAGCACGUUUUCCCCGCAACUGUCCCUGGUGACCGGAAGCGGUCCCGCCCUGACCAUCAACGGGUUCUCGCCGAGCUCCGGCGGCGGUUCGACGCAGAACUCCGGAGUGCUCCUUCAGGAAUACCAAUCGCCGACCUCGGGAUGCACCGCGAACGUUUCCUCCUGCUCCACCACCUCGACGAGCUGCACGGGGACCAUGGUGGUCCAGGGUGGCACCUCGCAGGCCAACUCCAAGAAGCGCGAGGCCUUUUUGCCCAGUCAGGGUCAGCCGGUCAAGCUGGAGAACAAGGCCAGGCAACCUUGCGCCUGCAGGAACGGCAACGGCAAGACGAAGACCGUGCACUCGGACGCCGGAUGUAGCAGGACCCUGCCGGUGGUGUCGUCCUGGAACGGGCAGGACAGCUGCGCCAACGGCAGCGUCGUCAAGAGGGAACCCAUCGCCUCGGUGCCCUGCCAGGUCGCCGAGGUGUCGACGUCUCUCCACGCGACGACGACCGCCGUCAAGAUCGAGCCGGUGCCGCCGAAAUCCGAGAACG